AUGGAAUUCCUAGUUCUGAAAGAGGAAUUGGAUAGAGACCUCAACGAUCUGUCCACAGCGGAUGCGCUACAAAAAGUUGAAGACACACGGUUUUGCCCAUCUGAUGGGAAUAAUCUUGACCUAGGUUCUCUCGACCAGGACGCUAGCGUGGGCGAUGGUGAUGAUGAGGAAGGUUCUCUCGACCAGGACGCUAGCGUGGACGAUGGUGAAGAUGAGGAAGCUUUUCUCGACCAGGACGCUAGCGUGGGCGAUGAUGAUGAUGAGGAAGGUUUUCUCGACCAGGACGCUAGCGUGGGCGAUGGUGAUGAUGAGGAAGGUUUUCUCGACCAGGACGCUAGCGUGGGCGAGGAUGAUCAUGACGAAGGCGAAAACGAGAGUGAGUAA